UUUCUGUUAGGAUAUUUGAAUUUGAUGGAUCGUUUGGCCAUUGCUGCAACAAUACUGGCACUGCUCUCUCUUUCACAUGGAGAUGAAGAGAGGGUGAGGAGAAGCGAGGAGUGUGAUAUUUUCAAUGGAAGUUGGGUUUAUGAUGAAUCCUAUCCUCUUUAUCAAACGCCCAAUUGCCCCUUCAUCGAGAAGCAGUUUGAUUGCCUGAGGAAUGGUCGACCUGAUCAUCACUAUCUCAAAUAUCGAUGGCAGCCCACUUCCUGCAACUUGCCUCCGUUCGAUGGUGAAGAUUUGUUAAGGAGAAUUGUAGGGAAGAGCAUUAUGUUCGUUGGGGAUUCCCUGAGUCUGAAUCAAUGGCAGUCCUUGACUUGCAUGCUCCACACUGCUGUCCCACAGGCGCAGUACAAAUCUAUGACUGUUCAGGGCCUCUCCACUUUCACAUUUCCGGAGUACGAUGCGAAGGUGAUUUUCUCCCGUAACGCGUUCCUAGUGGAUCUUGUAAGCACGCCGAUCGGGCGAGUUAUGAAGCUUGAUUCGAUCGAGGGUGCCAAGCUAUGGAAAGGGAUUGAUUAUUUGAUCUUCAAUACUUGGCAUUGGUGGCUCCACACUGGGAGGAAGCAACCAUGGGACUUCAUUCAAGAUGGAAAUCAUACACAACCUGACAUGGACCGGUUGGUUGCGUAUGAGAAAGGGUUAAAAACAUGGGCUAAAUGGAUUGAUGCAAAUGUUGAUCCUUCAAAAUCUAGGGUUUUCUUUCAAGGAGUCUCCCCGGAUCAUAUGAAUUCAAGUGAUUGGGGUGAACCAAGUGCCAAGAACUGUGAGGGGCAGGAAAAGCCAAUGCACGGAGGAAGCUACCCAGGGGGACGACAUCCAGCGGAGCAAGUGGUGGAGAAAGUGAUUAGAAGCAUGUCGAAGCCGGUUUAUCUGCUCAAUAUAACGACUCUGUCGCAGCUAAGAAAAGAUGGGCAUCCGUCGGUGUUCGGACAUGGCGGGCACAGAGAUAUGGACUGCAGCCAUUGGUGUUUGGCCGGCGUUCCUGAUACUUGGAACCAGCUCCUAUAUGCAGCUCUCAUUCAUAACUGAAAUUGAUCAUAUUCCAAUCUAAUUGUCUUUAUAUAUUUACUCA